CUCGAAGUUUGCGGAUAUACGCUUGGAAUGGUGGAGGAGGGCACACUCGAGCCUAUGGCCCUGCAAAAGAGCCGCAUCCCGGGAAACACUACACAAAAUCCUGCGGCGAAUCCCCCCUCGGCCAACCCUACUACGGACUCGUCUCAACGGAACUCGAUGCUCUCGCCGACGCAAGCUAUGGGCGGAAACCUGCAAGAAGGAGAUGCGCAGUUAUCAGCUCAACCUACUGAAACCAAGGCGGCGCAACCUGUGCCAAAGACUAUUUACGAGAAUUUCAUCGUUGCCAUUCUUUUUUCAGUAUCAUUCGCGUUCUGUAGCCGAUCGAUGGCUGUUCCGCUCAACUAUCGAACUGUCUUGAUCCCUCCGCCGCUAGGCGACGCGAGUGAGCAAGAAAGGGGCUCUCUGCCAAGCGAUCCAGUUAUUGGGACAUUCAAGACUUAUCUCACAACUACUGGCUCCCUCAUCAUCAGCCUGUACUUUUCAUACUGCAGAAGCAUAGCAUCAGUGGAAGACGCUGUUUCAACGGAUCCCAUUUCGCCAAGCAGCCCGAUCCUUGCUGCCCCCUAUGGAGUUUUGGCGACGAAACAAAGUUCAAGCAACGGCGAUCACGGCUCAGUGGCUGACCAUAGCCUAUCUCAAACACCAAAUACACAAGCAGUGGCCGUUAGAACAGUUGUGGAUGCCCAGGACUCCAUUUGGAAGCACUCAUGUCUUAGAGCCCUCCAACACUGUGGACUCAACCCUUCCAACUUCAAAGCAGGCUCCUGGAUUAAUCUGCUGAUUUCGAAGCCACCUUCUCCAGACGCGGAAAAUGACCCAAAACGGACACGCGCGACAGUGCCUUGGCCAGGGGCUCUUUGCUUUCGGAAAAGGCCGCUGGAGGUUUCCACUACUUGCCGGAUAGGAGAUACGAUGCUGAGUGGACAUGAGGAAUGCCAUGAUCCCUUAGGAAAUGCUCGAGGAUGGUUCAACUCGACGUCAGAAAGGGAAGAGAAGGUCUCAAAACGAAAGGCAGAGCGAGUGCUUGCAAUCCCAAGGGAAGUCAACAGUGGCGAAACCCAACCCCAAAGAGUCAACGGGCAAUCUCCCCUGACACUCCGACGACCCAGCACAGCGGCUGCUGGGGUCAUGUAUCCCACGCCUCCUGAUGCGAUUCAGCAGCAUCUCGGCGUGACACCUUCAAUAGACGGGACAAUAUCAAGUCCUGGCAACCCACCUCCAACUGCUGCUGCUGUUGACAUCGAUACCGCAAUGCCAACAGUGACGCCGAUGGCCGACCCCGAUAACGACGGAUGGGAUGGGCAUCACGAGUCCAAGAGGGAUCGAAGUGACAGCAAUCUCCUGGGCGAGUCUGAGAAUAUCUUGAGCGACAUGGGCGAAGAUGUCUUUGGCGACCACAACAUUACAGAGGAUGACUUUGACUUUUUCGAUCAGCCUGACGGCAACGACCUGGACAUCACAAUGGGAGACUUGCAGCCAAAUCCUAUCCCGCCCCCUCCUCAAACUCUGCCCCCUGUGGUAGUCAAGCAGCCGGAGCCUCCAAAGCCCAUCGAGGAUCAUACAGGGCCCAAAUCGAAACCCGGGGUUGACGACUCUGUCUUUGCCAAGCCCGAACUGAAACAUGCUCGAAGUUCACUAAACGAUGAUCACCGUGCAAAACCUGAGCGGCCCAACUCUACCAAACGAGGAUCAAGCCCCUUUGACCCAGCAACAGUGUUCAAGCGCGUCCGGGCGUCGUUAAGCAGCCCUGUACAAGAUUCUCGCAAUCCUUCUCCGAUCGCUCGCCGGAAGAGCAGUAUCUUUGAAAAGGUCGAGUUUGAUCCAAAGCUCCCUUUAAUUAAUAAAAAAUACGAGCAAGGUGGUGCCUUUGACUUCUCAAGGGAUCAAGAGGCAGAGAGGCUGAAGCGCGACUCCAACACUCUUUCGGAUGCCGAGUACUUGGAACGACAUGGGAAGUUGAAGCCGAGUUUGAGGAAACUGUCCCUUCCUGCCAGCACUUUCAUCAAGGGCUUCACAGGGAUGGACGUCUCCAACAACACGAGUCCUACGAGGAUAAACGGGAACAUGUCGGGUUCCGAAGAUAGUGAUCUCGAGUCUGAUCAAGAGGAUUCGAGCUCCAUGUCAGGGGGUCCUACUUCACCAGUCAAGUCAAGUGUGAAGCGGGCGGUUGUGGACGACGAUGUCCUAUCUCAAGCUACAUCGACGAAAGAGGCGGAGCUGAGCGAAGAGCCUACUGAGGAGCAACUUGCGAUAGAGUUGCCAAGGCUGUCGAAACCGGAAUCUCCUGAGUUGUUGCUCUCUCGAUUCUUUUCAGAGCCAGAGCCUCUCAAUGUUGAUAUCGGACUCUCAAACCAGGACUUUGUUGAGAUUGCACAAAUCAUUACGGAGCAGGCGGCCACCGGACGCUUAGAGAUUGGUAUUGACCGUAAACCCGACGCAACGACUGGGUUGACGACAAUAAGGGGCCAGGAAGUCAAUGUUGCUCGCACUUCCCUGCAACUUCUCCACAGUGUCGUUCCCUCGAGCCUAGGAAGUGCAUCGCCAGUUCGGUUGAAGGGACUUCUCGACAUUCCAGACCUUCCACUUGUAGGACAGCCAAAUCGUCUCCAGCCUAGACCAGCUCCAGGCAGAGAUCCCAACUCGGAACAAAUGCGGCCCAACAACUUGUACCAGAUUCCCGUACCCCAUUUGGAGGUUCGUAGGUCAGAGACGAAGUUAUCUGUGCUUCCCUCGUCAGUAUCAUUCUGGGAAAGUCUUGGACUGGCACCCUCGUGGGGCACCAAAGACAUUGCCUCACUCUGCAUCUUUCCGGGCUGGAAAGGCAUGCCGGAUCAUGUGGGGACGUUCCUCGACCGUCUGAAGAGCGUGUACGAAUCUCUAAAGCUUGGAACCUUCAACAAGCUAGCGCUUUCUGGGGAGAUGAAAGAUGGUGUCUUGCCGUACGAGGUUGAUAGGAUCUCGACCUCUCCGGAUGCCACCAUUACAGGCCAUGGCUCUGCCCUUGUUGAGAGUAUGGAGGUACUUCGAGGUUCCUUGUCAGAGUGGAAGUCCAAGCAAAAGAACCUGGUGAUUUACUUUGUCUAUUCACCCGACAACCCAGCUUCUAUCAUCGAAGCAUGCACAGCCUUCUACCGCUGCUUUGAUGAGUAUAGCGAUUUGCUCGCAACUCGUCGAGAGACUCCACAGAAUGAGUUGGUGUUACAACUUGUGUCUUCGGACUUGAUAUCAUCCACGACAUCUCUCGUCAUCCCGAGUCCCUCAGAAAUGAUCAAACUCUGUAUGGAAACGUACGAUCGGUGUACUUUGUUCCUGGACCCCGAGUUUGGUGGCCCUACACCUGCUCCAGCGAUCAUGCUCGAGCAGCCUCUGCCUCGCAUCAUCGAUUUCAAGCUCGGAAGCACGCCCUCCCAGUCUCUUAUGCAUGAGAACUCGUGUCUCCAUGUUGGAUAUGCUGAGAGUCUGGACGGGCGGUGGAUUACAGCAGCAUGGACCGAUAACCGUGGACAACAGCAGGCGACUGCUUCCUACUCCGUCACCAGGACAAGGACCCCUGACCGAUCCACAGCUCAACAGAAAGCGGCUAUCUUGGUUGAGAUCUGGGCAACAACACUGGCUAUGAUGUCGAUCUGGAAGGUCCACUGGCGAGUGGUUGUGACCAAGUCAGGACCCAUGGAUCAGAGAGAGGUUGAGUGGUGGCAAACAGCUUCCAAGCUGGAUGACAAGGCCUCCUUCACCAUGGUGUUGAUGACGGUAGACACCAACCCAUCCCUUCAACUUAUACCACCAACAGUCAAGAUUCCUCACACAGCAACCUCGGCAUUUUACUCGACACCUGUCUCAACACCACAAGCCAGUAUCGUCUCGCCGGAGCAAACCACAACACCAGCAACUCCAAUGCGUGACAACAACCCCCCAGGUGCUACGCCUGGUGCUGAGAGUGCCGGCGAGAUAGAUGGCGACUCGUUCCUCAUCGACGCCACAGAUCAGACUUGGGGGGCUGUUGUCGGACACAGAUUGGGCAAUUCCACCACUCUGCUCGAGGUUCGACCAGCACUUGUGAGCGGCUACCUUAUCAAACGAACCGGAACGAGGAUCGAAGACCCGCCGGUGGUGAUGGAGGUCAACCUCGUGCAUACCGAGGCCACCCCACGGGCGUACGAACCCCUACUUAGAGAGAUGCUGUGUUACUUCAGGGGCCUGGGGACGUUGGCCAGGGCGCGAGGCGUCGUGGACCGUGAGAUGGAUGUGAGACCCUGGCACAUUGCGGCGGCCGAGAAAGGCGUGCGAGCGCUGCAUCUAUUAUUAUGAUUCAAUACAGAUACAGUACAAGUAUAGGCAUUGGGAGGCGUCACUCGAUCGAUAGUUGGCGGGUGGGGGGUGUUUUGUCGGUGUAUGGCGUUUCUAGCAAGUAGUUCUGGUGCAUACAUACAAUUGGAUAGGUAACUCAUCAUCAUGCAAAUAAACCUCGAAUAUGUCAUUUUU